GAAGAACAACAAGAAGAAGACUCAUCCCCACCUAAACCCCCAAACAAGAACCUCAAGAGGCCUCGCCCCAACCCCAACCCCAAGAAGAAGCCCCCGACGCCGACGUCCCCGUCCUCAGCGCCCCCGACGCGAGGAACCCGAAAUGGACCAAGCCGUCGAGAAGCCCCGUCGCCAGCGCCGCCAGCGCCGCCAGCCCCAAGGAGACGGCGGCCCGCUGGGCGGCCUCGGCGGCGUCGACCAGGCCGGCGAACUCGUGCAGAACACCGCCGGUAACGCCGUCAACGGCGUGACCAACACGGCGGGCAAGGCCGUCGGCGGCAUCCUGGGCGGCAACCAGGGCGAGAAAGAAGAGGGCGGUGGUGGUGGGAAAGAUGAACAACUGCGGUUGCGGCUGGACCUCAACCUUGAUAUUGAAGUGCAGCUGAAGGCUAAGAUUCAUGGUGAUUUGACGCUGGGUUUACUAAAAUAAACAAACCCACCACACCAGAUCGAUCUACCAUCUAUCCACAUAGAAAGAUGAUCUUGCCUCUCCACCGCAACCAUCCUACAUAUCCUCCAUCUCUCUCGUGUUUCAUGUUUCAUGUUUUGUGUUUGUCAUCCACGGUGUUCAGAUCGAUAGGGUUCGAUU